AUGACAAGCCGUCCCAGCGAAUCGCAACCGGAGAAUGACUUCGAUGGGCAAUAUCGUGGAGUCCAAGGAGACUCCGAGGACAAGCACACUCCAAUCUCGAUAUCCGCGCAUACACCUACAUCCACUAUUUCGACCUUCAGAGCGGACCAGGAGAAGCAAGUUGUUUUGAUCCUUGUUGGUCUUACAGCCUCGGGAAAGUCUACCUUUGCCGGGGCUCUUGAGAGACACCUGCCCCGUUUCCGCCGGUGCAACCAGGACGAGCUCGGUGAUCGGCGAAGCGUGGAGGCGCUCGCGAGGCGGACGUUACGGGAUGGCUUAUCUGUCUGCAUCGAUCGGACGAACUUUGACGAGAGCCAACGAGCACAUUGGGUGAACAUUGCGAGAGAGGUACCGGAAACGGACGUGUGGGUGAUCGUGUUCGACACACCGUAUGAGGUCUGCGCCGCGAGACUUUGUAGUAGAACAGGACACCCCACAAUCACGAACUCGGAGCUCGGGCUGCAAGUGCUCCGACGAUUCCAAUCACAGUACCGCCCACCCCUCGCCCACGAGGGAUACACGCGCAUCCUUCACCUGAGACCAGAAGACCUCCCGAACGUUGAGCCUACGGAGCAGGAGGUUCGCGAGGUCAUCAGACGUGUCCAAGACGCACCAGAAGUCGUGCGGACCGAACGCCCCGCUCCUUGGAGUGGCUUCCGUGGCGGGCGCGGAGGGUACAACGGCCGCGACUUUCACCAGCGGGGGCCAGCUCCUCGCGGGGGGUACGCGUAUCCUGGCGCGCCACAUAACCGGACGCGGGGCGGUGGCGAUGCGCAACGCGGCAGAGGAGCAUACCAACCGACGUCGCCCUGGAACCAGCCCCCAUCGCGCGGCGGGCCGCCCUCACGAGGAUCACAGUGGCAGGGGGGCCCAGGAGGACGGGGAUGGGGGCGGGGAUCGCACGAGGGUACUCCGAGGAGCGACCGCACGGAGAGGAACUGGCGCGAGUGA